AUGGUGCCCAAAUGCUUGGGUGAGUUUCAGGCGUACUUAGACAAGCAUCCGAUUCGAUUCAAUCUCGUGGUGGUCAUUCUGCUCCUUCCGUCGAUCAGUGCAGGAACGUUGCUGCGAGCCUUAGUAGCUGCCGUGGUCACGAGGCAAGGUUUAGUGCUCUCCGCCACCUUUGUGGCCAUACGCAUUGUCGCGGAGUGGCUUGGAAACCUUUACACCUUCUUCUGGUACGUGCAGACCUCUGCGGUCUCCAAGCUGGAAGGGGCUGAACGCUGGAGUUCUGCAGGUUCCUGGUUGGUGCUGGGCUCCGUUGCGUCGUUGGCCUUGGGGCUGCUGACCAUGCUGGUCAUGAUGGCCCUCGCCGAGCCUUUGCUGCAGCUCUUCUCUCCGGCCUCUGUCGACGACACGUCGAUCAUGGUGUCCAUCGGGAUGAUGGCGCAGCUUGUCAUUGCGACUCUUGUUCCAGCGAGGGUGUGCAUCUCCAACUUCUCCGGUGUUGGCUUGGCUCAAUCUGGCAGCAACCUUGUCCUGGUCGUUGGAAUUUACCUUUCCAUCUUCCUGGCGAUCUCAGCCGCUGUGUCUAUCCAGAUUGGGGUCAUGAACGGAAGCGGCUGUGAGCAGGAAAUUGUUGAGGCCAACUUGACUGCACAUCAGGCAGCUCAGGCCAACGGCUGGAACAGCUCUGCGCCCAUCUUCGAUCCAGAGACCUGGGUCUGUUCAAGCGCCGAAGACGUGCUGGCAACCACUGCGCUGGUGGAGUCCGUUUCUGAAUGGACAGCAGCUGCUGUUCUGUGCUUGCUCACUUUCCUCAUCGGGAAGAAGCGUGGGUACUUUUUACCACAUGGCUGCUCGUUGAAGCGAUAUGCCACAGACAAGGACGCGGCUGCAGUGGCCUACGAUGCCUUCAGAUCGCAUGCAGGCGUGGCAGUGCGAUCCAUUCUGUUCAACACCAUGGACAUGAUUUCCCCCGCAAUCUCUUUGGGCAUUGGCGUCACGGAAGCUGCCGUUUUCAACUUUUUUGCAGAGAUGGGCUUUAUCUCGUACACUGUGCCAAAUUUGAUAUCCGCCGGUGCCAUGAUAUUGGGUCCCCGUCUUCUUGGACAGGGAAGAAUCGAUGAAUUCCGACAGCUCGUGCACCUGCACCGCUGGAUUGCCUUGUUCUUCGGAGUUGCAUUUACCGUCAUCGCGUACCUUACUUCUGAAGUUUCGAUUGCCGACGAGUUCACGAACAAGGUGGAUGGCUCGUUGUUUGCGCCGUUGGCUGACGCAGUGCGCCGUUGA